UCAACAGCUCCACACUCCCUAUUUCUAUUCGCUUCUCGCCGCCGCGAACCCUCGUUGAUAACCACCGUCUUCUUUCUCCGCCAUUAACGUACGCAAAGUUUUAUUUACAUCACCGCAUAUCAGUCGAAUUUGAAGAUGGGGAUGAAGGCGAAAAAGUCGAUGAUGAAGAAAGCAAAAAAGGGUUCAUCCCAGUUGACGGCGUCUGUUCGAAAAGAGGAAGCUGCCGAUUUCUUGCCAUUAGAGGGUGGUCCAGCUCGAAAACUGCCAAUUAUCGAAAACUCAGAAAAUAAAGCUGCUGUGUUGUAUAUUGGAAGAAUCCCUCAUGGAUUUUACGAGAAUGAAAUGGAAGCCUUUUUCAAGCAAUUUGGAGAAAUCAAGAGGAUAAGAAUUGCACGGAACAGGAAGACAGGAAAAUCCAAGCAUUUUGGGUUCCUUGAGUUUGCGUCUCCUGAGGUUGAACGUUAUUCAACCUAUAUUUUGACUACAUAUUUUCUGUUUAUUCUUGGGAGACCUGAAUUUCUUAUUUAUCAAUCUGUUCAGGUGGCAAAGAUUGUUGCUGAAACCAUGCACAACUACCUCUUGUUUGAGCAUUUGUUGCAAGUACAGCUCGUUCCUCCUGAGCGUGUUCAUCCCAAGCUGUGGAAAGGUGUUAAUCGUUAUUACAAACCUCUGGACUGGGUUCAUAUCGAACGUAAACGUCAAAACAAGGAAAGGACAUUUGAAGAGCACAGGAAGUUGGUAGAUGGAAUCUUGAAAAGGGACCAGAGAAGGCGCAAGAAGAUUGAAGCUGCUGGUAUUGACUACGAGUACCCAGAAAUCGUGGGAAGUAAUGAGCCUGCACCAAAGAAGAUCAGAUUUGAAGAUUAAGCCACUUUGGAGGUAGGGGCUAGCAAAGGCAGGUGACGAAAUGAAUAGAAGAAAUCUCUGAUUAACUUACCAACAAGAAGAACAGUUUUUCUUCUGGUGUGUUUCUGCAUAUGUAGUUUGCUUGGCCUCUAUUUUAUGGCUUUUUGGGUGUAGCUUUUAGUAAAGUAGAAAGAUGGAAAUGUAGUUGAAAUUCAGUAUUUUCAAUGGUUUAUGUUAUAUCGAUAAUUCAUAUCUGAAACUGUUUUGAUUGUAUGUCAAUGGUUUCUUUCAAGUC